AUGCCAAGUGUUGUAGCUGUGUUGUUAUGGCAUGUCAUUGCCUUGCUUCUUGUGGCAAAUUUUGGGUAUGCUUGGAGCUCUGAUGCCACAAAACACAGACCAGAGGUGAUUUAUGCUCACAAUGGAGCUGUUGCCACUGAUGACCGUAGAUGCUCAAGGAUUGGGAAGGAUGUUCUCAGAGAAGGAGGGCAUGCUGUGGAUGCUGCAGUGGCUGCUGCCCUUUGUUUGGGAGUUGUGAGUCCUGCCUCAAGUGGCCUUGGUGGUGGAGCCUUCAUGCUUCUCAGGCAGGCCAAUGGGGUGGCCAAGGCCUUUGACAUGAGAGAAACUGCUCCUGCUCUUGCCUCCAAGGAUAUGUAUGGUGGAAAUACUACUUUGAAGGCCAAAGGUGGCCUCUCUGUAGCAGUUCCUGGAGAACUUGCUGGCCUUCACGAGGCGUGGAAACAAUAUGGGAAACUUCCAUGGAAAAGACUUGUAAAUCCAGCUGAGAAUCUGGCACGUUCUGGGUUUAAGAUAUCAGCAUACCUGCACAUGCAGAUGGAAUCGACAGAGUCAGAUAUAUUGCAAGACAAGGGUCUUCGUAGCAUUUUUGCACCACAAGGAAAACUCUUGAAUAUAGGUGACACAUGCUACAAUACGAAACUAGCUGAUACUCUGAGAGCAAUAUCUGAGUCUGGUCCAAAAGUAUUUUAUGAUGGAUUGAUUGGUCAGAAUUUAGUUAAGGAUGUUCAGAAUGCUGGAGGGAUAUUGAGUACGGAAGACCUCAAAAAUUACACUAUUAAACAGAAGAAACCCUUAUCUACAGAUGUUCUGGGACUAAAUCUCCUUGCCAUGCCUCCUCCCUCUGGUGGGCCUCCAAUGAUACUUCUGCUGAACAUCCUGGAUCAAUAUAAACUUCCUUCUGGCAUUUCUGGUGCCCUCGGGUACCAUCGAGAAAUUGAAGCUUUGAAGCAUGUAUUUGCCGUGAGAAUGAAUCUUGGUGAUCCUGAUUUUGUAAAUAUAACCGAGGUUAUUUCUGAUAUGCUUUCUCGUAGGUUUGCUAAAGAGUUGAAAAAUGACAUCAAUGAUAACAAGACCUUUGGCCCCAGUCAUUACGGUGGCAGGUGGAAUCAAAUUCAUGAUCAUGGUACAAGUCAUUUAUGUGUAAUAGAUGAUGAGAGGAAUGCCAUUUCCAUGACAACCACUGUAAAUGCAUAUUUUGGUUCAAAGAUCCUUUCACCAAGUACAGGAAUAGUACUGAACAAUGAGAUGGAUGAUUUUUCCAUGCCUAGAAAUGUUUCCAAUGAUGUACCACCGCCAGCUCCUGCGAAUUUCAUCAUGCCAGGAAAGCGGCCUCUAUCAUCCAUGUCACCAACUAUAGCCCUCAAGGAUGGGAAGCUAAAAGCUGUAGUAGGUGCAAGUGGCGGUGUUUACAUCAUUGGUGGAACUUCAGAGGUUCUUUUGAAUCACUUCGCUAAAGGACUGGAUCCUUUUUCUUCUGUAACGGCUACAAGGGUCUAUCAUCAGCUAAUUCCUAACGUGGUUAACUAUGAGAAUUGGACAACUGUGACCGGUGACCACUUUGAACUUCCUGCUGAUAUCAGGGAAGUCCUUAGAAGAAAGGGUCAUGUCCUAAAGGGCAUCGCGGGUGGGACAAUUUGUCAAUUUAUUGUUGUAGAUCAUUUUUCGUCUAGAAAACAUAAAGGGAUUGGAAAUGGAAGGCUUGUGGCAGUGAGUGAUCCAAGAAAGGGUGGUCUUCCUGCAGGCUUUUAA